AUGAAGGGCUUUAUACUAGGAGUUGCGGCAUUAGCCUGUCUGUUCCUUUGUAAGGAAGGAUCCGCCUAUUUGCUGGAAUCCGAUUGCGGAACAACAAGGACUUGGCACAGGGUUAAAUGGGUGGUUGGAGGACAAGAUGCUGAAAUGUUCGCCAAUCCUUGGAUGGUAAUCCUGUUCCAAGACCUUAAAUUUAUCUGUGGCGGAACUCUCAUCACCUCCAGUUUUGUUCUGACGGCAGCUCAAUGCUUCGAAAAUUCGCCUAAUAAGGUGCGCCUAGGCGAAUACGACAUGUCAACCAACCCAGAUUGUUCAUCGAUGGGUCGUAAGCCAUCUAGCUUUGAGGUUGGUAUCGAACGGUUGAUUCGCCACCCAUCGUAUGACAUACAUGGAUUUCAGAACGACAUAGGUCUGGUCAAACUGGCUCGAAAUGUUAUUUUUUCAGACCAUAUCAGGCCGAUCUGUCUGCUCGUCAAUCAGACUUUAGUAAGAACUUUUACAUCAUUUGAUGUCACAGGCUGGGGUAAAACUAGUGAGACUAGAGAGACCAGCGAAAAACUUCAAACAGCAACUUUAACCAAUUUAAAUCGUUUUAUGUGCGAGCUAGUGUUUGACAGGCCAAUUAAUAAAUCCCAAAUUUGUGCCAGCAGUGUGAACAGCGACACAUGUAAAGGGGAUUCGGGGGGUCCAUUGACUGCACAGCUGGUCUAUGGACAAAUUCAGCGGGUCUUUCAGUUCGGUAUCACCAGCUUUGGAAUGGAUAGAUGCCGUGGAUUUGGUGUGUACACAAAUGUUUAUAUAGUAUAA